CGCGGUAUCAAGGUAUUUCCUGUUGCACGUAAUGUGUAACCACCUCGAUGUGUACUGUAAAUGUACUUUCUCACAAUGGCGGCCCAAGAGGAACUAUUUCAAAUGAAAAUCAUUACAGAGCUGUCCAAUCAAGACACAUCGCAAGGGGGAAUAACAAAAGGUGCAUACGAGCUGUCCAUGAGUAUGAGGGUCUUCAGAGGGAGCAUGAGAGAGCCACCAUGGAGUGUCAACGGAUGGAGGCAGAGAGAGACGAGGCAAUCAAAAGGCUUGAAGAGUUUCAAAAAGUAUCCCACAUGGUCAUUGAAGAGGUCAACAGCAUUCAGGAUAACCUGGACAUAGAGAGGACAUGCAGACAGAGUGUGGAAGCCCUGGCCUCCAAGUUGAACCGGCAGAACUGCUCCUUGAAGAGGAAGAGUAUGUUGUACCUGGCCCACCUGGGGCCGGAGACCAUUGCUGAGAUCGGCCUGGAGGAUGAAGAAGAGGAGGAGGAGAGCGUGGACACCCAGGUAGAAAAAGAGUGCUUCUCAGCCCACUGCCGGAGCACCAUCACAGAACUGAAGAAAAAAUUGGAGUUGACACUAGAGGAGAAAAAGCAAGCCACCAUUGAUCAUGAGGCUACAAGAGAGGAGCUAAGUGACAUCAGAGAAGAAGUAGAAGAAUUGCUGAAGGAAAAACAUGAUAAUAUGGUUUUGAUUGCUGAGACAGUCCGACAAAAGAAGCUCUUGGCGAAAUAUAACAGAGUGUCGCUGUUUGCCGUGGAGGAGUAUGAGGCCCUGCAGGAAAACCUGGAUCUGGAGAAGGAGCUGAGGGCAGAGGCAGAGAUAUUUGCACGAGAGAUGCUGGUUGAGCAGAAGAAGCUGAACAGACAGAGUCAGAUUCUCCUAAAGAACUCAUCACCCAGUGAGGCCCUGCAGGCAGCCCUCACUGAUGUCACCAGGCUCACCCAGGCCCUGGAGAGCCAGAGGCUGGUGCACCAACAACAGAUAAAGGGGAUUGAGGAGCAGCUCAGGGGUUCAGAGCUACAUAAGGAGGUGCUGACGUUACAACGUAAGCUAGAGCUCCUGGCAGAGGAGAAGAGGGAGCACGAAGAGAGAUGUUCCACGGCCAAGGUGGAGGCCAAGGAUCUCAAGUUUACUGUAGAGGAGCUGCAGAAGAAGCUCCAGGCCCUUUCUAACCCUCCGCCUGCUCAAGCCCCUCCACCUCCGCCCCCGCCACCCCCUCCUCCACCACCAGCCCCACUCACCAACCCUCUCGGUUCACUGCUAUUGAUGAUUCGCAAAAAGAAAAAUAUCAGUAGGGAUAUUCCAUUAGUGGUUCAAGACUCAGCAAAGGAGCCAGAGAUGGACAUCAGGCAACAAGCUGUGGAUGAGAUGAUGCAGAGAAUCAAAAGGGGGGUUCACCUCCGACCCGUGGGCCAGGCCCCCAACAAAACCAAGCCCGUCCAGCGAGAAAGGGUACCCUCUAAUUCUGCCAUUCAGGAACUUAAAGGAAUUCUGGAUACUUUCAAAAGGCCCUCCCCCCACCUUAAAGUUGGAUCUCCAUCAACAAACACUGAGUCUGAGCUGGAGAGAGUUCUACAGAGACGACGGGGCGCAUACAAGACCUCACAGGAAAGUUGUUCGCCGUCCUCACCUAGUCCCUUCCCCAGCAGUGUUCUGGAUGUCACCAGAGUGAGAGGGGACCAGCCCCAGACCAAGCAGACCUCCCAGGACUCUGUCCCGCUCUAGGCCCACUCAGCUGACCUGAGUCCUGGCCACUAGCACCCCAGGGCCCUGGACAAGAGACCUGCACCUGUCAAUGCUGCAGUCAGCUCUCUGGUGAAGGAAAGAAGACCUCAGAGUACAAAGCAUGUCUGGUGUCCCCACUGCACUACACAGGGUUGGGGAGUAAUGAACGACAUUUGGUCCAACUAGUAAUUGAAUUACAUUUUGCAGUAGAUUGGUGGUAGUUGAACUAAAUUCAAAUUUAAUAUUUUUUUGCCAUGUAGCUAACUCCUGGAACUACACACUACUUUUUGGAAAACAAAAUAAAAGAUAAUAUGGGUGAAGUUUU